GAGCAUCUACUGAGCCAUGUCUGCACCACAAGUCACAGUAUCUUAUCCAAUCACCUAUGAGCCCACGGGUUUGCAGAAUUUUACUGUCAGUGCCCCCAGCAAAUGGAGUUCUGAUACCUGUGACUGCUGCAACGACGCAGGCAUCUGUCUAUGUGGAGCAUUUGUACCCUGCAUUUUGGCUUGUAGAGUGGCAAAGGAUUACGGAGAGUGCUGCUGCCUGCCAUGUCUGUUUGGCACUUCUAUUGCUAUGAGGACAGGAAUAAGGGAGCGCUACCACAUUGAGGGCACUAUCUGUAACGAUUGGGCGUGCGUCAUGUGCUGUGGCCCUUGCACUCUCUGCCAAAUGGCUCGAGAACUAAAGGCCAAGAAAUAAGAAAGAUAGAAGACGGUGGGGAAGGGAUGGCUAUAUAAAGGACAUUUGCCUGAAGGACCUAAUUACUUCUGUUUGGUUAAUAAAAUGUUGCCAUUGCACCCACUGGACCCUUACAUACAUUUCAUAUGCUGAGGUGUAGAUGGCAACAAACUUACAGUGAGGUUCAUUGGAGCUGCAGUUCAUGGUAAGGGUAUGAUUUAAGCACAACUCAUACGUUGGGUUAUAUGACUGCAACUCUCUCCAUACCUUUUCAUACCUGAGGCACAUUUGGUUAAAUUUUCUUUUUUAAGUAAAUCUUAAAUUAUGGUAGAUGCCUCAGUUCUCAGAGUGAACAUUAAAAAAGAAAUGACAGAUGUGGCAGACAUUACGGCACAAGAUGCAGUGGUCAGUGUUGCACCGGUUGAAUCACACUGCGUACCUGUAUGCUCAUGUACAGUACCACCCUUUUCCUUGCUAGUGCAAGUUGCAACCAUUUGUACACAGUUUAAUAAUUGGCAAUAACCUUUAUUGCCCUAGGUAUUAAAAUAUUUCCCUUUUGUAAUGGAACCACUUUCUCAACCAACAUCUUUUUACUGUUGUUAUGCUUAAAAAUGUGGGGGUUUAGUUUUUGAAAGUGAAGCAAUCAGUUCCUUGCUUUCUGCUUUGAUGCAUUUGUACCCCCUGACUUUGUAAAUGUUUUCCACAUCCAUACUUUUUCCUGAUAUCUAAGUUAAACCAUAACAGUUCUUUAUGUUUUUACAAGAAAAAUAAUGAUUAAAUAAAAGUUAAAGAACAA